ACACCUAGCCAGCAGUGGACACGUGACUGCGCACGCCACGUGCUUCGACCGAAACGACACGUGUGCCAACUACGCUUCCAUCUAUCAUCAUGGGUUUCAGUGAUUUUCACCGAAUGUUUUACACUUCCAAUGGUAGUCCGGGUUGUUCUAUUUCGUUCUUUGGUUUUUCGUUUCUGUUAUUAAUAUCGGUCGGAUCCGUCAAGUUGAUGCGAACGUCCACUGACAAACCGGAAACGAUGCUACUGGAUUUUCUGUCCAAGCCCUUUGCGCCUUCCGAUGGAGUGUCAGCAGAAUGUCUCAGGGACAGCGCCUUUUAUUUGAGGGAGCUUGAUCAAUAUACGCCAUGGGCUUUGCAAAUGUACGACGCGUCCGUGAAAAUUCCACCAGGCGUAAUCACAGGCAAUUACCAGCAGCUAGGCAAUUACGACGAGUGUCUGCAAGUGAAAAGCGGGCAUGGAUUCACCGGAAAGGCUUGCAGUGCCACGGUAAAUUUCGAAAUUGCAGAGGACAACGGUAAACCACGCCAACCUGAUAUGGGUGAUCUGCUUCUGAAUAUAGCCAUCGCUUCGGGGCACACAAAAUGGAAGGCUGGUCGUUCGGUGAACUACGAAUGGAUGUGGUGUAUUCCAUCGAGCUGCAACGAUACGGAAAUCCAGGAGGCGCUUGAGCUCGGCCUCGACCCUCUGAAGGUGGAGGAUCGCGUGGAUAUGGUGAUAAACGUAUCGUGCCGGACCGCAGAAACGGAUCGGCUCGUCUUCGACGUAACUGAUUGGGUUUACAUAUCGAUUCUAGCGAUAUUUGUGGUAAUUAUAAUUGCCAGUACGAGUUACGACAUCGCUAAACAAGGCCAUCUGAGUACGUUGAACCGAAAAGAUAGAAAACAUCUUCUUUUGACUUCGUUCUCCGUCUAUACGAAUGGAAAAAAUUUGUUAAGGACUGACAGACACCGUGAAUCGAUUAAAUGCCUUGAUGGAUUACGUUAUAUUAGUAUUUGUUGGAUUAUAUAUGGACAUACUCAUUACACCGAGAUGGUUGGAGUUAAAAUGAACUUGAGUGAUAUUCCACAGAUGCAUAUAAAUUGGGCUAACAUGUUUGUACUCAAUGCAAAUAUUAUCACCGAUACGUUCUUUCUCAUAAGCGGUGUUCUGAUGGCAUACACAGCUCUAAUAAAGAACGAGAAGAGUUCAAGAGGCCAUUUUGAUGUGGUUGGUCUCUAUCUUCAUCGUUAUUUGAGAUUAACCCCAGCAUACGCCAUGAUGAUUGGAUUUUACGCUACUUUGCUUUACAAAGUUAGCUCAGGUCCACAUUGGGAUCAAUGGGUAGGCGCCAAUAGAGAUUACUGCCGAGAAAACUGGUGGAUCAACCUACUUUACUUGAAUAAUUAUAUCCAUUUACCCAGAAUUUGCAUGUCUCAGUCUUGGUAUCUGGCAACCGAUAUGCAACUCGUCUGGCUGUCGCCGAUUUUCUUGUACCCUAUGCUCAAGUUCACGCGAGAAAUCUUCUUCUGGCUCAUUUUCGUGUUAGGUCUAAUUGCCUCCGUUCUAAUACCAUUCUUAAUAACAUUCAGUCUCAGGCUCGAAGGAACUAUGCUCUAUUACAAGGAUAACACGGACGUGGCCAACGUUUACAUACACAUUUACACAAGGGUUUACAGCAGAUACGGGUCUUACAUUAUUGGUUUAGCUCUUGGUUAUUUUUUGUACAAGAACCGGUCAAGGGUUUUAAAAAUUCGUCGUAUAUACUUGGUGUUGGGAUGGCUGGUAGCUGCAGUUUCCGGUAUUUUCAUAUUCGUCUGUCCUCGAUGGAUGUACUUUGACGAUUAUUCUUAUGACAAGCUUGAAGCAAGCUUUUACGCAGGCUUCCACAGGCAAAUUUUUGCCCUCUCAGUUUCCUGGCUUAUCUUCUGUUGCGUUCAUGGCUACGGUGGUUUCGUGAGUCAGUUUCUCUCCUGGAAAGGCUGGGUACCUUUCAGUAAGUUGACCUAUAGCGCUUAUUUGUGCCAUUACGUGUUUCUAUUGACAGAAGCUGGUUCAGUUCGAACUACUGGCAUAAUCUCAAGCAUGGCAAUUCUUCGCAGCUUCUUCAGCAAUCUAUGCCUCACGAUGCUCCUCUCUGCGCUCUGGACAUUAUGCUUCGAAAUGCCCUUUAUGACGCUGGAUCGCGCCUUUGUCUCUCAGCGCAAGGGCCAAUCGAAACUGUCAUCGAAACCAAACCAAGGAAAAAUAUUUGGUUCCGUUGACUCCAGCAAAGAAAUUUAUCGGUCAACGGAAGAAUCCACGGCUACGCUGUCACAGAGCUGUGAAAAUACGUUCAACCGAAAGUGUAGCAAAGACAACAUGUACGAUGUAGAUUUAAAAUCCGAAGACAGAGACGACAAGUGUCCGUUCAUCUUUGUAAUCGGGUCCAACAGCAACGAUUCGUGGGUACAGGGGAGGAACAUUCAUCAAAACAGCGGCUUUGAUCAAGAUUCCGACGAGCUAUUUAAGUCGAGAACAGAGAACAGAAUUGAUCGCGUGAACAAAUCGAUCGUAAAUGCGAAUUUGACGAGGAAAGAAGGAUCUAGGAAUUUGGACCAGGUGAACGGUAGUUAAUCAACAAAUUCAUCAAUGCAACAUUCGAUCAGCUUGCGGGUCAAGCGUUUGUUUGUACGCAGAUAGAAGCGAGGUCAGAUAAUGACAGUAUGAAUUAAGCGGAAUGACAAUUCGUUCCGGAGACGUAUGUUUUGAGAUAAACAUUUAUCGAUGGCCUUGUCGCGGUAUUUCUGAGAGUAUUCGCCUGAUACAAAUUGCCUAACGGGUAUUUUCUUUAUUUUAUUGUUGUUCAGGGAUGUCUAAUUAACUGUAUAGAAUAUGGCCAAGUGUUUGGAUGUGAUCAAGUAAAUAGUGAUUCCUUAUAAGAUAGUGAAUUAAGAGGAUCUUUUGGU